AUGCCAACCGACCAUGAUCAGUCACUAAUCCGUCUUGAAGCAUAUGUUAUGUUUUUUGAAAUUAAUUCCAACCAGGUUAAUUUAGAAGACGUUGGAGUACAUCAGCAACAUGAUAAUAAUGUCAUUGUUCAAAACUCUCAUUUCAACAGACUAUAUUAUAAUGCAAAGUUGUUAUGGAAAAAAGAAAUCACAAGAGUAUCAAAAGGAGGAAAAAAUGUCAUGAAUAUUCCAGCUGAGAUAGUUCGGAAGAAUUUUCGUGCGGAUCAGACUGCUCUAUCCUUGAUAGACCUUGAUAAAAUGGAAUAUUAUGAUUGCCAGAUUCUUAAAGGAAAAAAGCCACAUACUGAGAUGUAUCUUAAAAAUGGUUGGUAUGAAUAUUCAAAGUCUAAAAACUUCAAUGUUGAUGAUAACUUGAUUUUUCAUUACCGAUCUGAUUCAAAGAGACUAUAUGUUAAGCUGGAGAGAAAGCGCCGAAAGAUGAAUAUUCCAGCUGAGAUAGUUCGGAAGAAUUUUCGUGCGGAUCAGACUGCUCUAUCCUUGAUAGACCUUGAUAAAAUGGAAUAUUAUGAUUGCCAGAUUCUUAAAGGAAAAAAGUCACAUACUGAGAUGUAUCUUAAAAUGCAUCCAAAACCCGACCCAGAACUUGUUCAGUUCACAGGGGGUUCAGCCAGCAUUGUACAAUCUCAUACCCUUGGUCUUCAAGACCAAAAUAGAGACAACAAUGCUGAAGAAAAUCUCACAGAAGAUGAAGAAGAUGAUGAUGUUGAAGAAAUUGACAUGAUGCAUGUGGAUCAUGAUCCCAUGGAUAAUGAAGUGAGUGCAAGGAAAGGUGCAGAGUUUAGAGAAAGACUAAUGAAUGAAGUGAAUAGGCCUUACUGUGAGGAAGAGUGCAACAGACUUGGUAAGUAG